CCCGGGCAGCCGACCAGCCCCACGCCGGCCCCGGGCGUCCGUCGGUCGGUCCCGCGAUCCGUCCGACGGUCCACCCAACGCUUGCGGCCUCGCGGCCCGGCCGGCCUGGGCUGCGAUCAAUGCGGCUUUGUCUGGGACGCCCACACCCCAGAGGCAGCUCCCGGGUCAGCAAAUCGGAGCGCGGCCGGGGCGCGCGGGGGUGAGAUAAGCGGCCAUGUGACCCCACCUGGGCGGGCGGGGGAGGGGCGCCAGGUGAGGCGGCGGCCGGCGGGGCGCGGGCGGCCACGCGGGGCUCCUGCAGCAUGGCUGUCAGCAGGAAGGACUGGUCCGCGCUGUCCAGCCUUGCCCGGCAGUGGACUCUGGAGGAUGAGGAGGAGCAGGAGCGUGAGCGCAGGCGGCGGCACCGCAACCUGAGCUCCACGACGGAUGAUGAGGCUCCCAGGCUCAGCCAGAAUGGGGACCGGCAGACCUCUGCUUCUGAGAGACUACCGAGCGUGGAAGAAGCAGAGGUGCCCAAGCCACUGCCCCCAGCCUCCAAAGAUGAGGGUGAGGACAUCCAGAGCAUCCUCAGAACACGGCAGGAGCGGAGGCAGAGGCGGCAGGUGGUGGAGGCUGCACAGGCCCCCAUCCGGGAGAGGCUGGAGGCAGAGGAGGGGAGGGACAGCUUGAGCCCUGGGCAGGCCACACAGCAACCCCUAGUCCCCAAGAAGGAACUGGAAAUCCCACCUCGCCGGAGACUGAGUCGGGAACAGCGGGGCCCCUGGGCCCUGGAGGAGGAGAGCUUGACGGGCAGGGAGCCAGGAGGGAGGAAGAAAGGGGUUCCAGAGAAGUCCCCAGUCUUGGAGAAAUCAUCCAUGCCCGGGAAGACGGCACCUGAAAAGAGUCUGGUCUCCGAGAAAACCUCCAUCUCCGAGAAGGUGCUGGCCUCGGAGAAGACAUCCCUAUCAGAGAAGAUAGUGUCAGAGAAAAGAAACAGCUCAGAGAAAAAGUCUGUUCUAGAAAAAUCGAGUGUCUCCGAGAAGUCGCCAGCCCCAGGGAUGGCACUGGGCUCAGGAAGAAGGCUGGUGUCUGAGAAAGCAUCCAUCUUCGAGAAGGCACUGUCCUCAGAGAAGAGCCCAACUGCAGAUGCCAAGCCGGCCCCAAAGAGGGCCACAGCCUCAGAGCAGCCCCUGGCGCAGGAGCUGCCAGCCUCUGGAGGAAGCCCAGCCACCACCAAGGAGCAAAGAGGAAGGGCCCUCCCUGGGAAGAACCUGCCCUCCUUGACAGAGCAGGGGGCUUCAGACCCUCCGACUGUGGCCUCCCGCCUUCCACCCAUCACACUCCAGGUGAAAAUCCCCAGCAAGGAGGAAGAGGCAGAUAUGUCCUCACCCACACAGCGAACCUAUAGCAGCUCCCUCAAACGCUCCAGCCCCAGGACCAUCUCCUUUCGGAUGAACCCCAAGAAAGACAACUCAGAAACAACCCUAACUCGCAGUGCCAGUAUGAAGCUCCCAGCCAACACAGUGAAGUUGGGAGAGAAGCUGGAGAGAUACCACACAGCCAUACGGAGAUCAGAAUCUGUCAAGUCUCCGGGUUCCCCUCGCACUGAGUUAUUCGUGGCUCCUGUGGGUGUAGCCAGCAAGCGUCACCUCUUUGAGAAGGAACUGGUGGGCCAGAGCCGAGCAGAACCAGCCUCCAGCCGGAAGGAGAACUUGAGGCUCUCAGGGGUUGUAACAUCAAGACUCAACCUGUGGAUCAGCAGGACCCAAGAGUCUGGAGAUCAGGACCCCCAGGAGGCACAGAAAGCGUCGUCUGCUACCAAGAGGACUCAGUGGGGACAGAAAUCUGACUCCUCGCUGGACGCUGAGGUGUGACAAGCCCUGCCAAGACAGACCUGCAAGUCUUCAUCUCAAGGGGCCUCCCUCAUGCCAGGCCUCUGCCUCUCACAGCAGCACCUCUUCCUCUCAUUGCCUCUGUUCCCUUUUUGCCUCUGAAUCUGUUUGGCCAGGGCGCUGGGGUCAGGAAUAUUUGCAAGACUCAGCCAGUUCCUUCCCAGCCCAGCCUCUUGGGGCUGGGACCUUCUCACCCUGCAGCAGGCACAACAGAUGCUGGGACCCAGCCUCUGCCCAGGGCACAGCACAGGUGCACAUCAGCACUAUGGGGCCUACGUCCUGCCCAGAGAACUCUGCUCCUUCCUGCUCACAUCCAGGGUCAGGGCACGGCAUCCCUCAAGAACUCCAGAGUCACCUGUCUCAUCUGCUCCCAGCAACUGCCUCUGUGUCUGUGAUGUCCCCCUUCACUGAGGCCUGGACCCACUCAUCUUUGUCCCUGGGGCCUGCUCCCAGCCACCGAGGCCCACUCUGGCCAGAUGGGGAAGGAGCUGCCAUGCAUCUUCCCCGUGGCAUCUCCCUGCUUGGUUCUCCCCUCCCUUCCCUGGCCUGCUGCCCUGGCCGGGAGUUAAGUGCCUUUUUGUGUGCAACCACUUCCCCUUUCUCUGAAAAUCCUAUUCUCAGGAAGGAUCUGAUAAAUUCAUUCACUCUCAGGUGUAAGUGACUGAUGAGACCUGAAAAGCGAAUUCCUCUCUAGAGGCCUUGCUUUCUAGCAGAGGUCAUCUGAAGUGUGUGAGGAGGAUCAUCAUUUUCCUCAUCUCCCCUCUUCUCACAUUAAGGUGGUGGCUCGCCACUCAGCAGUCCUAGCUUGGUGACUGGGGAACUGCCACAUACAGGGCCAGGCCUACCCUCUUCCUCCACAAGCCCCCUCCAGCCCCCACCCCCAUGCUCGGACAUCAUGGCCCCUAUGAGCUUGGAGAAUGAACCAUCGGAGAAUCUAGAACGGAACAAGCUAGGAACAUCAGCCUGGUGCCCUGUUAACCCCUUAAAGCUGUGGUUUACAACUUUUCAAAAGUUUAAAUCAUUAGAA